AUGCUUCCCACACUCCUUUCCAUCUUCCGCCGCGACUGCAAUGGCGAUGAGACCAUGUCCAGCUGCACAAAGCCCACCAGCUCCGCAAUAACCAUCGGCAUUCCCGCCGGCAUAACAGGAGUUCUCCUCCUAAUUGCCCUUACUGUCCUGCUAUUCCUUUACCGUAGGCGCAAGCGCCUUGAUGUCCAGGAAGACUUGGAGGAUCGUCAACGCGACUCAGGAUUCUAUGCUCGAGACGCGACACAGCGCUUUGGCGCUAAGGGAGCACCACCAUCGAAAGAAUCGAAUGGACGUCCCUAUGCUUCCGAGUCGCGACGUAGCUCCGGCGAAUCGAUCUUUGAUUUUAAGCAGGAUCACGGCCCCUAUCACCUUGCUCAGAUCCCUAGUCAUGAGCCACAGGUGCAAAAGCCUGUGGCUGCUAGGGUGGUUGUGUAG